AUGUCCACCCAACAAACAGCAAAGACGCAGUACAUCCUCGCCAGCAAUGGAGUCACCUUCGCCUACCGCAGCCUUGGGAGCCAGAUCUAUUCUAACAUCCCUCUCAUCAUGCACAUGCACUUCCGCGCCAACAUGGACUUCUGGGACCCGCUCCUCGUUAACGCCUUAGCUGCUAAGCGCACUGUGAUCCUCUUUGAUCAGGCCGGUGUCGGUCGUAGCAACGGCAAUGUCGCCACGACCUACCAAGGCUGGGCUGACAAUGUCCUCGCUCUCAUCGAUGCCCUCAAGAUCUCCAGGUUCGAUCUUCUUGGGUUCAGCAUGGGUGGAUACACCGUGCAGAUGGUAGCAUUGACCAGACCUGAGGCUAUUCGAAAGCUGAUCAUUUGUGGGAGUGGGCCUUCGCGACCUAUCGAUGGAGCUGGGAAGGGGAUCGUCUGGCCGAGAGAUGUUCCACCGGAAACGCCCAUUGCUCUGCUCGCAACCGCGCAGUCCGAUGAUAAGGAGAAAAUCGAGAAAUCCAUAACAGUCUCCUUCUUCCCCGACACGAAGCCUGGCCAUCUUGCAGCUCGGGAGUACUUCGAACGCAUCUACAGCCGUAACGCCUCAUCCGCCGAAGAUCACAAAGAACCACUCCAUUCUCUCCUCAGUCCUCAGGGAACCAAGGAGCAACGCAAGGCAGGAAUAGACUGGUACAAGCCGAACCCGCAGAAUUCGUUCCAUCGACUUGGCGAGCUGAAGAUGCCAGUGCUGAUCUUGAAUGGCGACGAUGAUGUCCUGAUCCCUACGAGUCAGAGCUGGGAGUUGCUGAAGGGGAUCGAGAACGCCCAGCUGAUCGUAUACCCGAAGGCUGGACAUGGCUUUCUGUGGCAGUACGCUGACCGGGUUGCAAGGGAUGUAGGGGUCUUCUUGGACGAGGAUCUUGACAAGGUAAAUGCCAGGUUGUAG